CUCGUAAUUGUCGGUUCUGCCUGCGGCUGUUUGGUGUAUGGUCGGUAACACUUUGAACUCUGAUGGACACAAGCCCCAAGGUUUUUGGUGACCCAGAUCCCCCUCCUCAACCCCUGAUCUGCUGACGCCUUGCGGGUCCCUGGUCGGAGUGGUCGGCUUCUGUCGGCAGAAGAGCUUCUCCCGCAGGGGCCGAGUGUGGGCCUCGGGCCAGGGGGACCCCGGCGGCGUUGGACGAAAACUUCGUCUUGGGAAGAGUUUUGCCCCCACCUGCCUCCUGUACCGUCGUCUCGCCCUGGGUCUUCCUUUCGCGCCCCUGGGGCUCACCCGCAGACCCAGCUGGGCGGGCGGGAGCUGCUCCCUGCCUUGGAGAAGGGGCUGGGUGGAGAGACCGCGACGGUCCUCGACUAAGAGACACAGUCUCUGUCCUAGCGGAGUUUGCAUCACAAGCAAAAUGCAUGCAUUUUUCAGCUAUGAGCAGCCUGGAGUGGUGGGAGAAGGAAUCUCUUUGUGUGUUUGUCUGCAUGUGUGUAUUUCUAUUAAAAAACAGCAUAGUCUAGGAUAAAGGGCACUGAGCCAGGAGAGAUCUGAGUUCAAGUCCUGGGUUUCUGAGCCUGGUUGUGAUAAUUACUUGUACAGCUUCGGGUAAAUCAGUUAACCCAACUCAGAUCUCAGUUUCUUCAUCUGCACAAUGCGGAUCAUAAGACUUUUCCUAAUUAGCCCACAGCACCCCUCGAGAAUGUAUGCAGGUAUCCAGUCUGAGGCUGAAGGGAACUGGCUCUCUUCUGGGAAUUCGGAUUUGAAGUCCAUGGUGACAGUCCCAGGUGGAGAGAUGCUGGCCCUGAAUAACAUGAUGACCAUCUCUUUGAACCCCCAAAUCCUGGCAAUGCAUGAACAAGAUAGGGAUGAGUCAAGGGAACAGGUAACCACCCUAGGAAGAGAAAAAUUUAACCUUGAGGCUUCUCGCCAGAGCUUCAGAUGUUUUCCAUACCCAGAGAAAGCUGGACCCCGGGAGGCUGUGAACCAGCUCUGGGAACUCUGCCUUCAGUGGCUGAGGCCAGAGAUUCACACAAAGGAGCAGAUCCUGGAGCUGCUGGUGCUGGAGCAAUUCCUGACCAUCUUACCCAGUGAGAUCAGGAUUUGGGUGAAGGCACAGCAUCCAGAGAACAUUGAGGAGGUGGUCACGUUGGUGGAGGAUUUGACCCAAAUGCUUGAGGAAGAAGUUCCGAGUUCACAAGAUUCCCCUCUUCUCCAAGAGGGGAGCACAGACAAGGAGGAAAUAUCGGCUGUGUUACCAAUAGCCAGCUUUCAGGAAACCAUCACAUUCCAGGAUGUGGCUCCAGACUUCACUUGGGAAGAGUGGGCACAAUUGGACCCUAGUCAGCAGGACCUCUGUAGGGAUGUGCUGAUGGAAAACUAUAGAAACCUGGUCUUUAUUGGACUUUCCAUUUCCAAACCAGAUGUGAUCUCCCAGUUGGAGCAUGGAGAAGUACCAUGGUUGCUGAAGAAUGAAGCUCCAAGAAGCAUCUGCCCAUAUUGGGACAUUGGACCUGAAGUGGAGUUUAUUCCAAUGUGGGGAACUACUGUAGACGAAUCAUCUCAGGAGACACUAAUGGAAAGAACUAUGGGGCAUAAUUCCUGGGACUCUAGACUGGAAGAAGCUUUUAAAUGUUAUGGUUCACUAGUGAGGCAUCAGGGCCAUCAGGAAACACAUUUGAAACAAGUAACAAUCACACGUGAAGAAACUUUAAGUAUGGAGAGAGGCUCUGAAAACAAUGAAUUUGGGGGAUGCUUCAGUCUGAGUUCAAUUCUAAUUACACAACAGAGAGUUCCUAUAGUAAAUCAGUCAAUCAACAAUAAUUUAUUAGGUGCCUACUAUGUGCCAGGCACUGUGUUAGGUACUGGAGAUACAAAUAGAAUAAAUGAGACAAUCCCUAGUCUUUAUAGCUUUGACACACAUGGAAAGAGUUUCCAAGAUAAUUCAGAAUUAAAUAAAUGUCAAAAAAUCUACACAGGGAAUUAUAGAUUGAUGUAUAAUGAAUUUGGGGAAACCUUAAGCCAGAUUUCACAAUUUAACCUUCAUCAUGCAGAUCAUUCUGGAGAGAAACCCUAUAAAUGUAAUGAAUGUGGGAAAGCCUUUACCCAAAGGGCAAGCCUUACUCAACAUCACCGUAUUCAUUCUGGAGAGAAACCUUUUAAAUGUAAUGAAUGUGGGAAGGCCUUCACCCAGAGGGCACAUCUUACUCAACAUCUGUUUACUCAUAAUGGUGAGAAACCUUUUAAGUGUUACCAGUGUGGGAAAGCCUUCAUCCAGAUAUCACAGCUUAAUAUUCAUCAAAGAAUUCAUUCUGGUGUGAGAUCCUAUAUUUGUAAUGAUUGUGGGAAAGCCUUCACCCAGAGGACAAACCUUACUCAACAUCAGAGGAUUCAUUCUGGAGAGAAACCUUUUAAAUGUAAUGAGUGUGGGAAAGCCUUUACCCAGAGGGCACACCUUACUCAACAUAUGUUUACUCACAGUGGAUCUAAACCUUUUAAGUGUAAUGAAUGUGGAAAAGCCUAUAGCCAGCUUUCACAACUUAAUGUUCAUCGGAGAAUUCAUUCUGGAGAGAAAUCCUAUAAGUGUAAUGAAUGUUCAAAAGUCUUUCCCAUGUGGGCAGAACUUACUCGACAUCUGAGAACUCAUUCUGGAGAGAAACCUUACAAAUGUAACGAAUGUGGGAAAGCCUUUACUCAGAGGGCAAGCCUUACUCAACAUCACAGAAUUCAUUCUGGAGAGAAACCUUAUAAAUGUAAUGAAUGUGGGAAAGCCUUCACCAAGAGGGCACAUCUUACCCAGCAUCAGUUUACUCAUAGUGGAGAGAAACCAUUUAAGUGUAAUGAAUGUGGGAAAGCCUAUGGCCAAUUUUCACAGCUUAAUAUUCACCUAAGAAUUCAUUCUGGAGAAAGAUCUUAUAAGUGUAAUGAAUGUGGGAAAGCCUUCACCCAAAGGGCAAGCCUUACUCAACAUCAGAGAAUUCAUUCUGGAGAAAAACCUUAUAAAUGUAAUGAAUGUGGGAAAGCUUUCACCCAAAGAGCACAUCUAACUCAACAUCAGUUUACUCAUAAUGGAGAGAAACAUUUUAAGUGCAAUGAAUGUGGAAAAGCCUAUAGCCAGAUUUCACAGCUCAAUAUACAUCGACGAAUUCAUUCUGGAGAGAAAUCCUAUAAAUGUAAUGAAUGUGAGAAAAUUUUCCCCAAGUGGGCAGACCUUAAUCGCCAUCAGAGAAUUCAUUCUGGAGAGAAACCUUAUAAAUGUAACGAAUGUGAGAAAGCCUUUACCCAGAGGGCACACCUCAGUCGACAUUUGCUUACUCAUAGUGGAGAGAAACCUUUUAAGUGCAGUGAUUGUGGAAAAGCCUUCACCCAGAGGGCAUAUGCUCUUCAACAUCAGAGAAUUCAUUUGGGAGAGAAGUGCCUUACACCUAGUAGGAGCUUAAUAAACAUUUGUGAAUUGAAGUGAAUUAAAAUGCUUUCCUGAAAUCUAAGUAGCCUUUGUCUACUGCAAUGAUGUCAAACUCAAAUAGAAAUGGGCGUUCUAAUCUGUAUGUAAGGGUCCCUGUGCCAGCAUAUUGACUUAGUUUUAAAAUGUAAUGUUAUCAGUAUAUUAUUGUAUUUUUAUUUAUUUGGUUCAGUAUUUCCCAAUUACAUUUUAAUCUGGUUGCUACACUCCAGAGCAGGUUUAACACCUUCGUCUACAGCAUUGUUAUGCUCUACUGCCCGGUCAAAUUAAGAAAAGGUUUUUGAUAAAGCCACGUCAGUUCUUUUUUUUUUUUCCACACCAAUUUUUAAUUAGUUUAACUUCCCUUUCUGGCUUAUGAACCACCCACUGCUAAUGUGGGAAUGGAAGUUAAGUUUAUUCAUUUAUAGAUCAGUUUGCAGACCCGUUUAGUUUUCCCUUUUUUUAAAAAAAAAAAAUGGGGGUGUUUGUCCUUUUCCUAAAGCUCUUUCAGAAAUUAUUGAUGGUAGCUCAGUUUUCAGAUCUACCAAUUCAUUUAACAUGCUAGUGUGUAAUAACUGGUGACAUGAACUCAUUGAGGGUAGCUAGAUGCUGCUUGAGUGUCCCCUCACUUAUUUUGGGUUUACUUGAUGCUCUUAAUUUUUCUUCUAGUCUCCCCAGUCCAUAGAUCUUUCUUCUUCGAAGAGAAAACAAUAUAAGAGGUAAGUAGAUCAGUCAGUCAUUUAACAGUCAUCUCUUCUGAUGAUGUAGUAUGCUCAUUUCUUGGCAGAAGUGAUAGAUUAGUGGAACAGAAUGAAUGAGACACUUUGAGACACUGGGGGUUUCUGCUGGGGGAAGACUUAGGAAUGAAGGUGGGUAGUGAUAGUGAUGCACAAAAGAGAAGAAAACAUCAAUGAAGCAUUUAAGAAAUACACAGAAGAGAGGAGAAAAAAGUUCAGAGAGGGACACAAACAAGAAGGGCAGUUUUGUUUCAAUCAUUAAAUUUAACGUUCUUUAAAAAUGUAAGAGAAGUUCAUGUUUCCUUUUUUUC